AUUUCUGAAAUGUUUUAAUCAUCAAAACAUAUAAUCAAUCCUGGUAAAGUUGCCAAAAAAUAAAAUCAUUUACGUGGUCAGUAAUAGCGCUCAAUCGCACGCCAUUCCUGUCCAAGCCUGUUAAGUAGCCUCCUCGUCUAUAUAACCUGGUAUCAUAGAUCUUAAAUUUUUUUGUAGAAACAUCAAAAUGAGUGAACUUUUUACAUAUCUCAAGAAAGAUGAAAUCACUAUUUUUAGCAAAGCAUUUAUAUUAAAGUUUAGUGUUAGUGUUGGAGUAGAUUGGAGAACUCUUGGUCGUUGGUUAAAUAUUGGAGAAAACUAUUUAGACAUGAUUGAUAAAGAUAAUAGUAAAAGUGAUGAGAAAGCGUAUUUAAUGUUAACUAAAUGGUUGCAAAUGAAUUGCAAUCCAACACUUGAUGAGUUGGAAACAGCUUUAAAAGAAAUGAAAAGAAUGGAUCUUAUAAAAAUAGUAGACGGAUUCACAAAGAUUUCAAAUUCACCAGAAGUAUCUGCCGGAUUUUCUGCGGAUAAAGAUAUAUCAGAGACAUGCACAGCACUAAAAAAUUAUUAUUUGAAAAAAUAUGGGAAAAUAAAUGAAGUUCAACCACUACUAAAAGAACUUGCUAAUGUUGAUCUAAUACAAAAAUUUGUUGAUCUAUGUAUUGUUGAUGCAUAUAAUGCUCAAAUAGAUAUUGUUUGUAGUGAUGAACGAAAGAAAUUUCUUGAAAAGCAAAUGAGUUAUACACCAAUUCCAUACAGUGACAUAUUUAUGAAAGAAAAAUCUGUAAUAUUAUUAUCUGGAAUAGCUGGUAUUGGGAAAACAUGGUUCCUCAGAAAAUGUUUGCUCGAUUGGUCCAAUAAUUUGAUUUGGAAUAAUGUGGAACUUGUUUUUUAUUUGGAAUGCAGGAGGCUUAAUCAAUAUCAAAACAUUUCAAGUAUUAAUGAAUUACUACAUGUUUUCUACAAAGAUAUUAUAAAUGAUUUUGAUAUUAGUAAGCAUACUGCUUUGUUUAUAAUUGAUGGAUUAGAUGAGUUUAAAUAUUUAAAUGAAUUACUAAAUCCAAGUUCAUGUUGUACCUAUCCAAUUGUUAAUGUUUUAGCAGAAAUUCAAAGUUAUAAACAUGUAGUUGCUGGUAGAGUUUAUGCAAUUGAUAAUUACCAAAAUUUAUAUGCAGAGCGUAGUGAUAAGUUAGCCAUUCAAAUAAUGGGGUUUAACAAAAUUGGAGUUGAAAAUUUUGUAGAAAAUCAUGUUAUACAAGAAAAAAAAGAAGUUGUUAAAGCAACUUUAAAGGAGUCUACAAUUGCAAAAGUUAUGGCAACUGUUCCAUUUUAUUUAUCUUCCAUGUGUAAAAUUAUUAGUGAUUCAAGCAAAAUAUAUACAACUUCUUUCUUAACAAUGACAGAAUUGUAUGCAAAUAUUUUUUUAUACUUUUUGCAAAAACACAUUAUCAAAAACAAUGGAUUGGUUUAUGAAAUGAUGUCAAAUGAAAAUAAUAAGAAAUAUGCAAUAACUAUUUGUAGGAUAGCUUUUGAAUUGUUUAUUGAAAAUAAGUUUAUUUUUUCAAAAGAAGAACUUUUACUAUUUAUCAAUAAAUUCAAUGAAGUUGAUGAAAGUCUUUUUGGUUUUAUUGAAAGGGUUGAAACACAUCUAGGUUAUUUUUACCAAUUUGCACAUUUGACAGUCAUGGAGUUUUGUGCAUCUGUGUAUGCAUACAAUUGUUUAAGCAGUAAAGAGAUUAUGGCCAAUGAAAAGCUGAGGAGUUGUUUAUCAAUGAUUUGUGGAUUAAGCAAUAAAAACCAAAAUAAUUUAUUAAAGUUUCUUGUUAACCUGAAUCCUAAAAAAUCAAAAGAGGAGUCUUCACUUUUGCUUUUUAUUUUGGAUCGUCCAUCUAAAAGUAUUAGCUUUUCUCAUGAUGAUUUUGAUUUUUUCUACGAAUGUUUUUAUGAAAGUCAAUCGUCAUUUUCUGAUGAAAUAAAAUCAAUUGUUGUUGAACAAAGGCGUGUUAAUAAACUAUGGCUACGAAAGAUUGAUUGGAGGAUUUCGAUUAACGAUGGAAAAACAUCUUACGCAACUUCUUGUGAUAAUUAUUUCGUAAAUUAUUAUAUAAAAUCUGGAAGAAAGUUAUCGUAGUUAUAUGUUUAUAAAAGUAUUUUAAGUGAUGAAGAAAAAAAUCUUUUAUUUCUAUGUUCAACUAAUGUUCGUUUUGUCAGCUUUUAUUAUUUCCAAUUAAUUUCAAAGGAUGGAAACCUAGAGAUAAGAUUAAAAGGUUAAAUAUAUGGUUGUCACUUGAUUUAAUAACAAAAAAAGAUUUUGAAGAAAACUUUUUUCCUUGGAUUAUUCUUUGUGAAAAAUUACUUCUUCAACUUCACGACGACAUUGAUUUCAUUAAAGACAUUUGUGAGUUGAUUCGUUGUUCAAAUAUUAGAAAGUUUGAGAUCAAAUACCGAGGAAAAUAUUUUCAUAACCUCGAUGAAUUAACUUUUAAAAAUGUUUAAUAUUUUAAA